UCAGUUAGAAAAUGGCUGGGUUUAACACCGAUAUUAGACGAUUUGAUGGCCCAAACUCAGGUUUUAAACACCAUGGAGAGAUUGGGUGCUUCUCAUUAGAUAUUAACAGAGAAUUUCAAGAUGAUAACCGCCAGAGGAAAUAUUUUAUUAAACCGUCAAAUUAUAAUAAUGUUAGAUAUGAUCUGACAAAGGGAUACGAGGGAAUGGUGAAAAGAGAUGAAUAUAAGAACGAACAGCUCGACCACCUUCUAAAAUGGAUACGCAAACAUGAGCAGGGAAUUACCCAGAUCGACUUCAUAUGUGACAGGAGUUUGUUAAAAAGGUUACUGUCUACGCUGUAUACGAGAAAAGAAGACUGGAAGUUCGCAGUGACUCUUCAUAACAGCACAUACUACCUAUGUGACUACCACACCGACCAGAAACUGGCACUUAAACAACAAAUGAUGGGAGGGAAGGACGAAGAGAUGUGUGCGUGGGGCUUCAAGUUCGAGCAGUAUCUCACCGCAAGUUCCAAAGAUUCCGUUCCAAAUCCAGACCUGCAAUAUAACAACUGUGAAGCCUUCUAUACUGUUGUGAAAUCCCAGGUCGGCGCCCACACACUAAUAUACUGUGGCGAGGUCGAUGCUGUACCUGUAAAUCCAGAUGGGUCUAUGGGGGAACAUUAUGUUGAGUUCAAAACCACCUCACAUUCCUCAUUGCAGAGAGGCAGUUUUAAAAGAUUCAAGCUUCUGAAGUGGUGGACACAGAGUGUUCUUGCGGGUGUUCCCGAAAUUGUUUGUGGGCUCCGUGACGAUGCUGGAACUGUUACCAAACUACAAACAUACAAAACUCAACAAUUACCAACGAUGGCAGGAGACAUCCCUGAUCCAUGGAAGCCCAAUGUUUGCUUCAACUUCCUUGACCAACUCCUUACCUACAUCAAAUCUAAUGUGACGAUAGAUAAUCCAAGGCUCGUUCACAUCCUGGAGUUUUCAGGCGGGGAAGUCACUUGUACCCAGUUUCCACUUGACUCCAAAUACGCUUUCCUGCAUAAAUGGUAUAUUCAGUAGCCUGGAUUAUGUAGAGGUUUGUCUCUGAUCCACAUCAAACCGGUUCGAUGCAACGUGAUUGAUUUUGAUCAGGGCAGCUGAAAGAUUGAGAUUCUUACACCAUGUUCUAGACUUCAUAAAUACAAAAUGCUUGCAUAUUGACAACUUUGACAACUUAAAUUCAAACUGUUCUUUGUUACAUCGAUCAUUUGUUGGACAUUCCUUGUUUCAUCGUUCCCAUGGUGCACGUCCCUUGUUUCAUCGAUCCUAUCGUGCAUGUCCGUUGUUACAUCGUUCGUAUGGUGCACGUCCCUUGUUACAUCGUUCCUAUGGUGCACGUCCCUUGUUGCAUCGUUCCUAUGGUACACGUCCCUUGUAACAUCGUUCAUAUGGUACACGUCUCUUGUUGCAUCGUUCCUAUGGUGCACGUCCCUUGUUACAUCGAUCCUAUGGUGCACGUCUCUUGUUACACUAUUCCCGUAUUUUCAUCUCAGUGUAGCGCGUCCGUAUUUUAGCUUGCUCAACUUAUUGACAAAAUUAUGUUUAUGUUCAAUAAUAAAACAACUCAUAAACUUAAUAUUUAUCAAAGUUGAAAGUUCAAAUAUUCACAAAUAUGUAUUUCUUAGUAUUUGGUAACUCCUCCUCUGUAUGUUCCCUAUAAAAUAUUCUAUCAAAUCAUAGCCCAACUUUUCCUUGUAAUUCAACACCUCCUGUUUCCCGUUUUUCUCAUGUCAAAUCCUUGGUCUAAAUAUCAUGCCAUUGGCAUACAUCCGUAAGAAACUAUCACAUUGUCCUAGUCAAAGUACCUGCGUUAAAUACGCCAGUCCAGUCUCCUCUGUAUCUGUAACUUUUGACACGAGUUUAAUCGGCAAACACUAUGCAUUCCUAUGGAUGCUAAGUAUGCACCUUGCAGACCUUUUUAUAUUGUAACGAGCGUGAUAUGCUCAAUAUCUCUUAGUCUGGAGUUCGUGUGCUCUCUGAGAUAUCUGACAAUACUUUGGGUACAGUGUUGACAUUUGAAGUUUGGAUAAUCCCUCAUUUACGGAAAUAUCAAAAAGAUAUACCCUUCAGAAAUAAGACUUAGUAAAUCAAACACGUCUGACCAAGACACUUAGUUUUUAAAUCUUCAACUUGAACUUACAGAUGGCAAAUUGACCAUCAAACUUGGGAAAAAGAGGGUUGAUUUUAUUUUUUAAAUUGUAAAUUAUCCUUCUUUGGACGGCGAUAUUCCGAGGCCACAUCCUAUAGUGAAUUCUUGUUGCAAUUGGUUAGAUUUGCUAGGUUGUGUUCGGAAGUGGUUGAGUUUUGUUCCUGUUGUUAAUUAAUGACUGGCCAUUGCCUUGUGCAGGGCUUAUUUUUGAAUGUUGGACUCCUGAGCUUGUCCCUGUAAAUUGCAUUGCAUUAUUAAUUCUCUGUCCCAUAUUUCUCAUAGGAUGAGGGAAUGACAGGAGUUUUAGAAGUUGUACUGAUCGUGUUAUUUGUGCUUUGUACUUUCAUAAUAUAACAUCGUUUUUUAUUAAUGUUGUUUUUUGCUUAAGCUUUUGCAUGCUAUUAAUGUAAUGUGUUAUAUUUUUGCCGGUAUAUUUUCUUUAUAUAGCUUUGUAUUUUCAUAUUUCUUGGAACUUAUGUUGUUAAUUUGUUUGUCAGUACACAUUUGAGUGGCAUAACAAACCAAUAUAGAUAUUUUUGAAUUCCAUAUAUAAAUACAUGUAUACUCGUAUAUAAACGCUU